GAGCUGCUACCCGGACAACUUCCAAAGCCAGGCUGCUGGUUUACACGACGUAAACAAACAGAAGCUGUGUAAUGUAAAGUAGUGUAGUCCAGAGCUGUUUUUGAAGUUACUAGUGCCUUUUAAACGUUGUUCAACCUCUUGUUUUGCUUCCUACCGUUAUUUGUCUAUAUUCUCUUCCCGCCGAUGUUUUUGGCAGAGUCGGAAUGGACUUUCAUUUGUACAGAAGGACAUUGGGACGUUUUAGCAGUAGAAGAUAACUUCGUUUUUUGACUAUAACUUUUCCAAACGGGAAGUGUAAUGAAGGACCGUUUAGCUGACUUGAAUGCGGGAAGGAAGGAUGAGGAAGAUGGCAUCGUUGCCGUUUCGGUGGAGAGAGGGGGAUUCUUGGAGGACUUUUUCAGGAAGGUGGAGGAGGUCAGGGGUGUCAUUGAUAAGAUCGCCUCCCAGGUGAACGAGGUGAAGAAGAAGCACAGCGUGAUUCUCUCAGCGCCCAACCCUGAUGAGAGGACAAAAGACGAACUCGAACAGCUGACUGUUGAGAUCAAGAAGAAUGCCAAUAUCGUGCGGACCAAACUCAAAUCCAUUCAGGAGAACCUGCCUCCAGACGACCCUGCCAAUCGGACUUCAGUAGGCGUGCGCAUCCAGCGAACCCAGUACACAGUGUUGUCUCGGAGGUUUGUGGAGGUGAUGACGCAGUACAAUGAGACCCAGGUGUCAUUUAGGGAGAGGAGCAAAGCCAGGAUCCAGAGACAGCUGGAGAUCACUGGAAAACUGACCACCAAUGAGGAACUGGAAGACAUGCUGGAGAGUGGGAACCCGUCCAUUUUCACGUCUGAUAUCAUCUCCGACUCCCAGAUCACGCGGCAGGCGCUGAACGAGAUCGAGUCGCGGCACAAAGACAUCAUGCGUCUGGAGUCCAGCAUCAGAGAGCUCCACGAUAUGUUCAGGGACAUGGCCCUGCUGGUGGAGACUCAGGGCGAGAUGAUCGACAACAUAGAGAAGAAUGUCAGAAACGCCGUGGAUUAUGUAGGCAAAGCCAACGAGCAGUGCAAGAAGGCAGUGAGGUACCAGAAGAGAGCCCGGCGGAAAAUGCUGUAUCUUGCUAUUUGUGUCGGCGUGUGCAGCCUUCUCCUCCUCCUCGUCGUCGUUGGAACCUUUGCUAGUUGAUCACCAAGAGUUCACAGCCAGUUGCACAGUCUUCCGCUCUGGCUUUAAGGUCUUUGGGUUACACCAGCUGCUCCAUUUUUAAGGUAGAUACCAUGGGCAGAAGGUCUUGUGCGAAUUUAAAAAAAAAAAUAAAAAAUGGUAUAGACAUUGAUUUGUCCAGCAACAGUUUGUUCGUGCCUCACCAGCUGAAAACUGUGUUGCUUGUUAUUGUGGAGUGAUGCUGAGAUUUGUGACCGAGUUGCUCCCAGGUUGUCCUCCUGACCAGGGAUUCUCCUCCCAGCUGGUCACGACUGACGCUACAGUGAUGAUUUGCUUUUGUGGAGCCACACCGUACGGCCUAAGCUUCCCGUGUGAUUCCCAGGUGAUCCUCGUCUCUUUUUUUUCCCUUGUAGCAGUCCGAGCGCACUUCCUUCACCUUUUUGUUUAUUCGUAAGCCACCGUCACCAUGGUGACGGGUCUGCUUUGCGUAAUGCAAAAGCCACUGUGUCUGCGGUGACGAGUCUGCUUUGCGUGACUUGUUGGUUUCUUUCAAAACUUUAAGACCAUGGAUUUGCACAGUUGACUAGCGUUUUUAAUGCUAUGAUGUGUAACGUUGGUUGCUGCCAGUGUCUUGAGAUGUCUGUGUUAGUCACGUCUUCACAAUCCCACUAAGUUCACUCAAAUACUGUGCUACUGAUGUAAAGUUCACCCCAGCUCCAAUCAGUGUCUUUUUUUUUAAUAUGUAGAGAUAUCUCUGUUCAGAUAAAUGCAUGCUCGGAGGGCUUUUUGGGUAUGUUGGCUAUGGUUUGGGAUGCAUCUUUUGGUAUAAAUGUCACAGAUGAAAAACCAGAAACCUGAGGGCCAAAUAAAAGUAUAAAAAAUUAAUUUAUAAGCUGCAUCGAUACUAACUUUACAAUACCACUGAACUACUGAUCAGCUAUGGAGGAAUGCACGUAUAAUGGCGUUACGUUAAUUUCAUGUUCUGUGAUAUGGGGAGGGGGGGUUGUUAACUAGUUAAUUAAACUACUAAUUUUGACAGUGAAAUGGGUUUAGAAUAUUCUAUGACUCGAAGCACAAAAUUGGCCCCUUGAAAAAUCGGGCUGCGUUAAACUCAUUAGUCAGUUAAAAGGUAAACCCAGGGUUUUGUACUGAUGAUCUGGGACUGCAUGAGCUGAAGGUGCACCUUUCAGGUGAAGCCACACCUUAGGAAGGAAAUGGGACUAAACUGGGAAGAAAUGCUCGGAAUAGGGCUGUGUGAAGUAAAAA